AUGCGGUUUUUGGUGCCUGGAGUCACCAAGAAGGGCAAAUGGACUGUGAGUUCUGCAGAGGGCAUCGGUGCAGGCAUGGCUGGUGCGCCGGCCAAGCCAUGUCCAAGUCAUGCUGGAGUACCGUGCAGAUUUGUACGGCAGCGCUCUAGCGGCACUUUCACCAAGGGCUUCCCAUUAAAUGGCACCGCUGGACGGGCCUCACCGGAAACCGUGCUGGCCUUGCUGGAGUGCAGGUGCGACCCCACCGAGCAUACGGAGCAAGGCUUCGGCGCGCUGCACUCCGUGGGCGUCUUUGGUCGGGCCAACCUCCGGUGCUUGGAAACCGCUCGUUUGCUCCUGGACUGGCGCGCGGACGUGAAUCUUGCAGCGGGAAACUCUGACUGGAUGAUGACUAUGGAGGUCCUAACAGCACGCAUGCGCGUGGCACUCUUUGGCCUGGCGGACUCCACGAGCUACUCGCGGAAGGUGGCCUCCAUCCAUGGCGCCACGCCGCUGCACAUGGCCGCCUUGCAGGGCGACAAGGGGCUGGUCAAGCUCCUGUUGGAAUAUGACGCGGCCGCCCUGGCAGCAGAGAUGGAUCUGGGUGAAUGUACUGGUACAGUCUCGGACUUCCUGCAGAUGACGGGCACGCCGGAGGCGCAUGACAGCUUAUUGCAGAAGGGUUUGCUUCAUCAGUGGGAGCCAGGCAUGUUCACACUCUUCGUGUCGCAUCAGUGGCUGGGCUCGCAGCACCCCGACCCCGCGGGGCAGCAGCUGGGCGUGUUGCGCGUCGCGCUGCGGCGGAUCUUGGAGCAGAGCCUCCAAGCUUUCAGCGCCCAGCAUGUGAGACAUCGAGACACGGCCCAUGCCAAGCUGCCAGAUCUGACAUCCAUGACGCCCUCGGCGCGUCUGGCAUCUUGGCACCGUGGGCUUUCUAGGCUGUCUCCCAGCGGUCUCUCACGACCGACCGUGCAGCCGCGGCCGUGGCCGCCUGAGGCGCCGGAGCGCAUCAAACGGCUGAGCCCGCAGACGCUGCAGCGGAUCGAGAGGGGACGCGCUGACAGGAUCACAGCCCGGAAGCACGGGAUCAACGAGGACGACACCCGCUCCAAUGCGGCGAGGGCGGUGCAAAGCAUCCCCGCCUAUGUGGAGGCUGCGGACCUCUUCUUGGCCUUGGUACCAGUCACUCGCCUGGACUUUCGCCUCACCUGCAGCUACACCUCCUGGCUCUCUCGUGGCUGGUGCCGCGCCGAGCUGUGGUGCCGUUUGCUGUCCAACAAGCCUGACACCAGCAUCAUCGUGAUCUAUUCCACCGGUGAAGCCGAACUGAUGUUUCCCUUGGACUGGCAGCGGAACUUGAUCGCCGAUGGGCGCUUUACCGUGGAGUCCGACCGUGCGGUGGUGGUGAAGCUGGGCGAGGCCGCACUCGCCAGUAAGUUGGAGACCUUGCGCAGCGAAGGUCCGGUGAGCCACUAUCGCUUCUACUUGGCGUGCCGGCCACGGCUCCUGGGUCAGCAGCCGGUCACUCUGGACUCCGAGGACUUCCUCCGCUACUUCCACUUCCCCUCCCUCCGGGCGGCCGCAGAGGGGCGCAGCUGCCGCGACGGCCUGACUGGACUUCUUUGCGCGGUGCUCGCGGGCAACGCGCACAUGAUCCGCAUGCUGGCCAAGUACCGUGCUGAUGUGAACGACCGCCUGGGUGACUUGAGUGAGCUUGGCUACUAUGAGACUCAAACCAUGCUCAUGGCCGCUGCCAAGUCCCACCAGGAGCCACUCAUCCUCGAGACCCUCAUCGAACUCCGCGCAGACGUGCACGCGCAAGCGCGCAGCGGCAUUGGCUGCACCUUCGUGGUCCGCUCGGCAGGGCAAGUGCAGUGCCUCCUGGCCUUCCGCAAAGUGUCCGCCGCGCCACUGAACGGCGCCGCCUCGCGUGCGGACACGGCCACGGUGGCGGCGCUGCUGGCAGCGAAGUGCGAGCCGGACUAUCCCGGAGACUUGGUUCACGCGAAGUAUGGCGCCCUCACAGCGGCAGCGCUCUUUGGGCGGGGGAACCCCUGCUGCUGGGAGAAGCCGGUGAAGAAAUGGGUCUUCAAGGCCGUGUUUCACACCCCUGAAGAUAAGGCCUUGGUGGACCGGAGGGCCAGGCCAGUGCCGCCUUUGGCGGAAGAGUGCGCAUUGGCUGGGGAGCAUCUUGGUCCCGACUUCACGAAGGCUGAUGAGAUCGGCCUCGAGCAGAGUUCCACCUUGGUGCGCACCUGGGGCUCUUUGCCAGGCAUGACGCCCUUGCACGCGGCGGCGCUCGUGGGCAACUCCAAGCUGGUGCGAAGCCUCCUCGAGGCGCGCGCACAGCUGUUGAUGAACGACCGGGGAAACUUGCCGCAUGAGUUGGCACAGGCAUGUGGCCACACGCACUUGCUACCGUUGCUGGAGACCUUUUAUAUUUGA